CUGCACGUGACCAUUCAGCCAUUUGGAGAGGAAUGAACAAUAUUGAUUCCGUUCCUAUCAAGAACAAAACAAAUCACCACGUUCAAACUUAAACUGAGUGACAAAUAUCAGUUGUGCUUGGCAUUUGUACAACUUUCACAAAUCUAGAUUUGAGUCUGUAGUUGGUGAAAUGCGUCUUCUAGUAGUUUUUCUUUUCUUUUGUAUGACUCUUGUUUGCUUCCCUUGUCUUUAUUUGUGUGUCACACGGAGCUUAAGGCGCCGUUCGGAAUCGAGCGCUAAUCCUCCCCGAGCGACUGACCGAGCGAGCGACUGACCGAGCGAGCGGAGCGACUGACCGAGCGAGCGACUGACCGACCGACCGACCGAGCGACCGAGCGACUUCCUCAAUACUUUUCCUUUAACCUCGACCUUUUGAUUUGUUCACAACGGGGCUCAUUGUCCCACUUCUCUUUCCUCUUGGUUUUUCUUCUUUCUUUCUUUCUUUCUUUCUUUCUUUCUUUCUUUCUUUCUUUGUUCAAUCUGUGUUUUGUUCAUUUCUUGUCCUCCACUCUGCUGCUAGCCUUUGCUUUUUGACCCCCCCCCCCCCGCCCUUCUGGAUUUUUCCUCAUCUAAAUUGACUUAGACUUAAUUGCUUCCCGCAGGUCUUUCUCUUGGUCUGUCACGUUGCAGUCCGUCAUGUGAUGACACUAUCCAGCUUGUGUAUCGGAUCUUGUGCACAGCCAAAGGAAGGAAGGAAGGAAGGAAGGAAGGAAGUGAGACAUGCUCUGCGGUUUAUGAAGCCUUACCCACGGACGGACGCAGUGGCUUUGCACUCGAAGCCCAACGUGACUUGUUCAGCUAUGCCGUCCAUCUCUCGUAGUGUACAAUGAACUCUCCCGGACUGCGUGGAAAUUCACGACGACAAUUUUAAAUGGCCGAAGAGGUUUUAAUCCCGGCAUCUGGCAGAAUAAUCCCGCAUCUGACAGGCUCACUGUUAGCCGUGGCUUUUCUGACUUCCUUUGGAAGUUCCAUGCUCUAUGGAUACAAUUUAGCUGUGGUCAACUCUCCAGCGCUGUAUAUAAAGGACUUCUACAACCAAACGGCGUUGAGGCGCAAUGGAACCGGACUCAGCGGGGAGACACUGACACUGAUGUAUUCACUCACCGUGUCGGUAUUUGCUAUCGGCGGUCUGCUGGGUUCAUUGAUUGUGGGUGUGCUAGUCACUCGCUUCGGCAGGAAAGGGACAGUGGUCAAGAGCACAGUUCUGGUGUUUAUUGCCAGUUCCUUUAUGGGCUUCAGCAGGAGCUGCGGUUCCCCCGAGAUGGUCAUACUGGGUCGUUUCAUAACAGGGAUCCACUCAGGCAUCUCUUUGAGUGUGGUUCCAAUGUACCUGGGUGAGAUUGCGCCCAAAAACCUCCGGGGCUUUCUGGGUCUGGUGCCAAGUAUCUUUAUCGGCACAGGAGUCUUUGCAGCCCAAAUCCUUGGACUCCACGAACUGUUGGGAAAGGAAGAGCACUGGCCUCUCUUUCUCUCUGUGGUGGCGGGACCCACAUUUGUCCAGUUGUUGCUGUUGCCGUGGUUCCCAGAGAGCCCCAGGUACUUGCUGAUUGACAAGCACAAUGUCCACGCUACCAUCACAGCUCUGAAGCGGUACCGAGCCAAUUGUAACAUCCAGGCCGAGAUUGAGGAGAUGCAGGAAGAGCAGCGCUCCUUGUCGUCAGUGGAGACACUGUCGGUGUGGAAUCUGCUCCUGGACGAGACGGUCCGCUGGCAGGUCCUCAGCGUGGUGGUCGUCAACGUCGGCAUGCAGCUCUCUGGCAUCGACGCUAUCUGGUUCUACACCAAUGACAUCUUUGAGAACGCAGGGAUUCCCACGCCAGAGAUCCCUUACACGACAGCAGGCACAGGCGUGAUAGAGAUCAUCGCUGGACUCGUUGGGUGUUUCACCAUCGAGAAGCUGGGAAGAAGGCCUCUUAUGGUUGGAGGUUUCACCAUGAUGGGAAUCUGCAGUGCCGGGAUCACGUUGACCCUCAUUUUACAGACUCGUUUAUCCUUCAUGCGUUACGUGAGCGUCUGCUGCGUCGUCGGCAUCAUCGCCGGAUUCUGCAUCGGCCCAGCGGGGGUCCCUUUUUUGCUCACAGCAGAGCUGUUCAAACAGUCCCACCGCCCAGCGGCCUACAUUGUCGGAGGAUCUCUCAACUGGCUUUCCAAUUUCACUGUGGGCUUUGUCUUUCCCUUCUUACAGAUGUCGGCCGGGUCUUACUGCUACUUGGUCUUCGCCAGCAUUUGUCUGUCGGUGGCCGUCUACGUCUACGCAGUCAUACCCGAAACCAAAAACAAGACCUUUAUGGAGAUAAGCCGCUUGUUCUCCAAGAAGCAGCCCGUUCUUGAGACCCAGUGCCUUCUCCUGGUGGAUCAGCUGAAGCUGAAGAAGAUGAACGGCUACGGAGGCCUAGAACAUCACUCGCUGGACUUUGAGAGCUCCUCCUCUGUACCUUAAUGAAGGUUUACGUUUGAACUCUUGAGUGUGCUUCCAAAUGUUUGUUGAGGACACACGUGCGCUGCUUCUGUAACAUUAGCCAAAUGCAGAAAGCAAUUCAUGAAAUACUGUACAUGGUACAAUGCAACUCAACGAGUGUAGCAGUUCCGUCAAAUACAGCCUGCCCUGAACCAACCACAUUUUUG